AAGAAAUUUUUUUUUAAAUAAUAUAGUUACAGUUAUCAACAUUUGCUUUCGAAUUUUUUAGCUUAUUAUAAAAGUAGAACCACAUUAUUAAAAAAUUCGACGUUUCUACCGUAUAUAAACAAUGUUCUAAUCUGACUCUAAAAAUCUUUUUUCUAAUUUUUUACACUCUUUGAAAACGAGAUUUUUAGGACGAGAGACAUCGAAAGUGAAAAAUAGCAGUAUGUUAUACUAAUUCACUUUUUCGUAUACACAAAACUUUUAUGCUUAGUUAAUGAUCUUUUAAAAUUAAAAAUAUUUCUUUCUGUUUCAUAAAUAUGAUUAUUUGAAAUUCUAUUUUAAUGAUAAAACGUAUAUUACAAUCUGAUAUCAUAGAUUUAAGUUGGUCAAUGAUAUUUUGUAAAAUUUAACAAAAAGAACGACGCGUUCCGAAAAAUGUUACAUAAAAAGUAAAAUUGUUGCCAACGCAACAAUUGCUUCGCGAACGCAAAGCAUGUGUUAGAAAAGGAUAGAGAUAUAUUUGUGUCCUUUUCUGUCUCAUGUAUUUCGCGAAGCUAAUGUGCGUUGGUCUUAUCUUAGCAGAAAAUUUGUAUUUAAUUGUGAAAAACUAAAAUCAGUUCUUAUUAAAGUAGUGUAGCUAGGCCGGUUCUGACCCGAAUUUGUUGGUAACUGUAGGAAUCUGCAUUACCGACUGAAUCGGACGAGAACUGGCCGUUGGUGGGGUAUCUGAAGUUAACCUUUAAGUUUAUGCAAAUUCCACCCACAAUCCACCCUUUUGGAUGUGAAAUAUGUAAAUACCACCCACUUUUCACCCUUCUUUUUUAAGUUUCAGGCAAAUUCAACCCUUUUGGAUGUAGAAUAUGCAAAUACCACCCACUUUCACCCCCCUCUUUUUACAUUCAACCUAAUUUGCAUACAUUUUAUUCUUUGAAACCACACCCUUCCACCGCCCACUUAUCCAUUACUUAUGUAAAAUACAUUACAUUUAGUUAACCACCCCCCUUCCACCUACUUUUCUCCUUAUAUGACCAAAAGAAUUUACCUUUUUCAGGAUAAUAAUGUCAGAAGAUGUUAAGUCACGUUUUCACCUGCUUCGAAGGAGACAAAUGUAUUGUUCAAAAUAAUUUUUGAGCAGGUAUCAAUUUUCCUUUUUCAGUAUAAUAAUGAUAUUAUUAGAAAAUCUUAAGUCCCGUUUUCACAUACUUUGAAGGAGACAAAUGUAUUGUCCAAAAGUAUUUACCUUUUUCAGGAUAAUAAUGUUAGAAGAUGUUAAGUCACGUUUUCACCUGCUUCGAAGGAGACAAAUGUAUCGUCCAAAAGAAUUUGUGAGCUGGUUUCAAUUUAUAUUUUUUAGGAUAAUAAUAAUGGUAUUGUUAGAAAAUCUUAAGUCACGCUUUAACUUGAUUUUGGGUAGGUGGGGGCAAAUUGUUGCGUGCGCAGUUAUUCAAGUGGGGGUAAUGAAGUGGGAGCCGAAGGAGAGUGGGGUUUUAGUUGGAAAAAAUAAAUAUACUUUAAACUUUGUAAAUUCCACAAACCUUUAAAUAUUUUGUUGAAGGGGGGGGGGGGUAAAUUUUAAAAAUUCUCCACAUAGACUUUAAUUCUAUCUGUCAUUAUGAAAAUUGUUCUCUUCAUGAAAACUGUUCUCGUCGUAAAGACUAUUCUUUUCGUGAAAAUAGUUGCAGAGCGUAGUGCAGUGAAAAAAUAAAUUAUACAUACUUGUAAAUAAAAUGUGUUACGUUAAUUAUUUUAACAUUAAAUAAAUAAAUUCUAAUAAUCGAAUAGUAGUCAAUCCAUACACAAGAGUAGUCGAAAGAGUAGACGAAAGAGUAUUAUCUCAAGACAGCGUUGAUGAAAUUUGUGAGGUCUCACAAACUUUCAUUGACGUUGUCAAUGUUGAAUUGAGAUCUAUUGCAUCUAAAGAAGUCAAUGCUCGUUUCAAAAUAGCAUAUGAGUGGUAUAAAAAGUGUAAGGCACACUUUGCUUUAUUAACAAAGUUCGCUAACCGUUAUACAAUUCAGGGUUCUCAUAAUAAUAAAAGAAUUGAAAAUUUGCUAUUACAACUUAAAUUUUAUGAAUACCAGUUGGAUGAACUUGGAGCUGGAAUGGAUCACUCAAAUGAUAAAAUUAAAUGGGUAGUUACUGACGAGGCUUUUAACAAUAUACUUAAAAAUGGAAGUAUUAUAAAUAUUUCACAUUUAGAUAUCAAUGAUUUCUUAGAUGAUGCUUAUUCAGUUUUUAAAGAUCAGGUAGAACGAGCAUUAAGAGAUGGCCCAUUAAAAGUAUACACAGUUUUUGUUGCUAAGUAUAAACAAGUUCUACCUGAUAAUACUACAGUUUUUGAUAUAAAAACCUUUAUGAUUCGUGAUAGUAAUUCGUGAAACAUGUCGAAAACCUCGUUAUACGACGCAAAGUACUUUGUGUCGAAUUUCCCAGAGCUGUCACGGCUCUGGGUUUAUUUUAAAUCAAAUGUCCGGAACUGGGACUUCGCAAACCAGGAUGAGAUGCGGCAGUUUCGGAAGGAAGCAUUAUCAUUUACGGGAGUGGUGGCACCAGAGAUAGCGUUGUCAUUGGGAGAAUUCCUCCAAGACCAUAAUGGUCUGAACUUUCAUAAAAGAAAUCUUUAUGAAUAUUCCCCCAUCCUUUGCGGGCGGUAUCUCCUGUUAUUGUAAGUUGACAAAUUUAUCAAAAUUAUGAUUAGCUAAAUUGCAAAAAAAAUUUAUAGUCUUUCAAUGGGCAUUACAUCUAACUUCAAACAAAAAAGAAAGUCAUGUUAAUCUUUUGUUAAUUCAAGAUAAGUAUAAUAUUCACGAGGUGGAUAAAGCGCAAACUAAAUAUCAUUAUGUUUGGAUUAAAAAUUUAUCACGACUUGUAAGCUCUCAGUUAUCUCAACAGGAACAUAAGAAGUAUAUUUGCGAACGCUGUCUGCAUUAUUUUCAUAAUCAAGAUAAACUUUCUACACGUCAAUUAACUUGUACCCUUGUAAAUAAGACGAAAAUUAUUUUACCAAAUCCAGAUAAAAAUAAACUCAAAUUAAAAAACUUUUUAAACAAGGAGCGUGCUCCAUUUAUUAUAUAUGCAGACUGUGAGAGCUUAUUGCUUCCUAAAACAGAUUUAUCAUCUGUGGGAGGUAAUACAGAAAUUGUUCAAAAUCAUAAACUUUUGAGCAUUGGAUAUUAUCUAAAAUUCAAUGAACAAAGAUGUAAUAAUACAAAAUCUGUAUACAAAGCAUCUCCCAUUGAUGAAGAAGAUGCAUAAAAAUGGUUUGCUCAUGAAUUGAAACAAGUUGCUGAGAGACUUGAGCCUAUAUUUAAAACUAUCAUUCCGAUGGAAGUUUUAAGUGAUAAGCAAGAGUAUCAAUAUUGCAACCUAAACUAUCAGGAAUUGAAUACUAUUCCUGUUGUUUUUCAUAAUUUGAGUGGUUAUGAUGCUCACUUCAUUAUAGAAGCCAUUGCGAAUGAGUUUGAAGGUAAAAUUGAUCUCCUUUCUAUUACCAAAGAAAAAUAUAUUAGCUUUACAAAACAUUUCCCAGAAAAUGGUAUAAAAUUUAAAUUCAUUGACUCAUUUCGAUUCAUGGCAUCAUCUUUGGACAAAUUGGCCUCAUAUCUAUCAAAUUAUUCAAUAGUACAUUCCGAAUUUGAGUCUUAUGAUGUUAAUACGAUUCAGUUAUUAACACGCAAAGGAAUUUUUCCAUAUGAGUACUUGGACAAUAGAUCGAAAUUAAACCAGACACAACUACCUCCAAAAGAGAAAUUUUACAGUACUCUAAAUGAUUCUCAUGUAACCGAUAAAGAUUAUCUUCAUGCACAAGAGGUUUGGUCUGCUUUUAAUUGUCAAUAUCUCUACGAGUAUGUAUAUUUGUACAUGAAAACUGAUAUUUUACUACUCGCAGAUGUUUUUGAGAAUUUCAGAGACCAAUGUCUUAUAGCAUAUGAAUUAGAUCCAGCUUAUUAUUAUACAACACCUGGACUUAGUUGCGAUGCCAUGUUAAAAUAUACAAAUGUAAAGUUGGAACUUCUUACAGAUAUUGAUAUGGUUAUGUUUGUUGAAAGUGGUAUUAGAGGGGGGAUUAGCCAAUGUUCAAACAGAUAUGCUCAUGCCAAUAACACUGGGUUACAAAAAAAUGGUCAUAUCGUGUUUAUUCAAAGUUUCCUGUGAUUAUUGAAAGUUUAGGUGUCACUGAAUAAGAAUAUACCAGUAAAACAUUUUUUCAUUCGGUCAU